AUGAAAAUCUUCAAAUUCUUCAUCUUCAACCUCCAUCCCUUCAUCUUCUACCCCCUCAUCACCGCCAAUAUCGACGCCCACAAUUACUUCCGCGACCGCGAUGCCGUCAACAUCUACCUCCACCUCCAGCCUCUCGACUACAACAGAUUCUGGUGUCGGGGCCGAUUUAUACUCUCACCGAAUGACGACCAGGUCAACGACUCGUGCGCUGUUACCACCCACACUUUCGCCGUCAACAUCCAACAUGAACGCCAUCUCUUUGUCCUGCUCGACCACCAACACAUCCGGUCCCUCUCCCUCAGCAUCCGCAAGCCAGAAAGAGUUGCCGCCUCUCCCUCGUCCUCUCGUUUGAGCAAGAAACCACGGAAAGUCCGAAGGAUCCGCUGCAUUUUUUCGACUUCGUCGUCGCCUGCUCCACGAUCACCCACCGAGGUUGAGCCCACAGGAUCGACCACAGCUCCCAGAUCCACGAGAUACCAUUUCUAUUUCUCGUCCGUCCGAGAGGCUGAAGAAGCACUUUCCCUUUCUCGCCUGCCUUCGAGCACAUCGUCGUCGAGCUCAUUAUCCAUUCAGGGGCCACCACCAGCCGCAUCCACCCCACCUCCCAUCGCCACGCGGAGGUAUAGGUUCUACUUCUCCUCGCUCCUGCAAGUCGACGAGACAGUUAUUGCUUCUCCAUCACAUCCUAUUGAGGAUUUUUCGGCAGGAUCUCCGCCACCACCCACCCCCGAGGAUACCCCAGCGCUACCUCCGACUGCUAUGCCCGUCGAGCCAGCCCCAGCGCUGCUCCCAUCCGCCAUGCCAACACGAGUCGUCUUCCUUCCUGAGCUGGUGUCCGAAAUUGCCACGCAUCUUCGGACGAAGGACCUCGUCCACGCGUCGGAAGUGUCCUGGGACUGGAGGGCUGCGAUGAUGCCAUUUGUCUGGACUUCAAUCACACACGACAAAUGGAGAUGUCCACAGUUCCGACGCCUGGGUAGUCUUGUCCGCCAAGAAAAGUUCGACGAGCUUUGCGCUCUCCUGUACCGCGUCGUUGAGGUAGAGUGGGGGAACAACGACCACUCUGGACUUUCGUACUCCGAGCUAGUGGUAAUCCUGAGGUCCAUGCCCAACCUCAAGAAGCUGUCAUUGACGACGACCGGCUUGUCCAAGAGAGUGCUGUUGAGCCUGCUCAAGGAUCCUAGAGAGUUGUUGACGUUAAGCCAUCUCCAGUUGGACUUGAUCGGGUUUGAGGCAGAGGCAGAGGCAGAGAGUGAAGAGGACGGAGAGAUAGAUGAGAGCGAAGAAGAAGGCGAGCUGCAGGAAGUGGAAGAAGGGGAGCCAGUUCCACUGAGUGACCUGUUUAGUAGGUUUGAUCAACUUGAGGGGCUCGGACUUGCGGGGUGGUGGUAUGCGCCAUAUCACCACCAGGCAGCAAUCGUCGAGGUUGCUGGCCAAGCGCAACAAGAAGAAGCGGUCCAGCCUCAAUGGGCGAUCAAGAAUCUUCGGAUUCCACGCAGUGAACUCGGAAUCCUCCGACACUGUCCUCACCUCCGGAAGCUGGUCCUGACCGCAAAGCCAACGGAUAUCCAGGAGACGGCCUUGGAACCGAUUCUCAGCUGCAGGCAGCUUGAAGAGUUGGUGUUCGAGGGACCUCUCUCAUUCCGGAUAUCCGGCAUGGUCAAUAUGCAUGACCGGUUGGACUUUCUUACAGCUGUAAGCAUUACGUUGGAGAGCGUAAGCGAGUUCGAUCGGUUGUGGGCAUUGCAGUUCAGGACGUUCGCGCCUCAUUUGAGGUCGUUCAAGCUGGAGGUGCAGAGAGAAUUUGAUGGCCAAGAGAAUGCUCUGACUUGGCAGAACACCUUGCGCUUGAACGCAAUUCUCUUCUGGCACAGAGAGGUGAGGACGCUUAUUCUCAAGGGAUUCGCUGUCCAACCUCGAGACUUUUUCAGAGAGGUUGAAGAAGGAGGGGUCACAUCCUACAGCAACCCAGCACCACAGGUCGAGGAGCUCUGGAUUGAGAUCCACAUCGACCCAUUCUUCAUCACCACUAAUCAGGACCGCCAUCGGAUCUGGCAAGCUACAUACGACCAGCUUAGCCAGAUGCGGUACCUUUGCUCUCUCACGGUGAAAAGUCCCGAGUUGGAUCACUCUACCUUGGCAGGAUUCGGAUCUUUGAGCCAACUCACCGACCUCAGGCACCUUAGACUCUCCGCAGAAGGACAGGCAUGGACCUUUGAAACACUUUACAGGAUCGUGCGGGUAUUGCCUUGGUUGACGUCCCUGGAUCUCCAACCAUUGCAGGAUAUUGACAAGGUCAAUGUUCAUCAUUGGUUGGCAGAACUGGGUCGACCAGACCUCCGGCUCUGA